AUGGCAAAGAUAAGCUCCUUAUCAGCCAUGUCGUUGAUAGUGAACAAGAUGAUAGGGACAGGUAUAUUUCUGACUCCUUCAAUCAUUUUCCAAUAUUGUGGUGGUAAUAUUUCAUUGUAUUUGCUUCUUUGGGUUUUAGGUAGUUUAGUAAUAGGAUGCGGGAUGAUAAUAUAUCUUGAAUAUUCCCUAAAUUUACCCAUAAGGAACGGUGGAGAAAAGAACUACUUACAAAAGGUGUAUCAUCCAAGAUUCAUAGGGUUUGUUUAUUCGUUCCAAAUAGUUUUACUUGGUUUCAGUUCAGGUAAUUCUUAUGCAUUUGGUAAAUAUGUAUUGUUUUCGAUUUUUGGAGACCAACAAUUCAACGAUUCAUAUGUUAAGUUGAUAGGUGUUGGAUGUAUAUCUUUCUGUUGUUAUUUACAUAUCGUCCAUCACAAACAAUCAAACUUAUUCUUCAAUAUCUUGGGUAUAAGUAAAAUACUUAUCCUUAUGUUGAUUAUAUUCUGUGGUGCCUUAGUGUGGCUCGGAAUUAUAGAAGUACCUAGAAGUGGUAAUUUCACCAAUAUGUUAGAAUCACAAUAUGAAACUAAUUAUUAUUCCAUAUCAGUUGCAUUAUUGGAGAUUAUUUAUUCUUUCAAAGGUUGGGAAAAUGCCAAUUAUGUUUUGAGUGAGACCAGUAAUCCUUAUAAAGUAUUGACUCGCUCAGCUCCAUUAGCAGUUGUUGUGACUACCUUGUUAUAUUUCUUAGUCAUCUUAAGUUAUUUGGUAGUUAUCCCCAAAACCGAAAUCAUGUCCAGUGGAGUGUUAAUUGCAGGUAUUUUCUUCAAUAAAAUCUUCGGAGAAACCAUAACUUCCAAGAUACUUCCAUUAUUCAUCUCAGUAUCUAAUUUUGGUAAUGUAUUGGCUGUUUCAUACGCUCAUUCCAUGGUUAAUAAGGAAUUAGCUUUAGAGAAUUUAGUACCUUUUUCUUCAUACUUCCAACAUUUCAAUUGGUCAAUGUUUUUACAUUGGUUAGUAACUGUUGUUGUGUUAGUGGCCCCACCAUCAACUGAAAUCUAUGAAUUCGUUGUCAAUUUAUACAUCUAUCCUGGUACUUGGAUCAACAUUUUACUCACAUUAGGUCUUAUUUACUUGAAAUUAAAGGACGAUUCAUGGAAUACAGAAGAAUUGACUUCAUUAUUGUCACCCAAACCAAGAAUUAGAUUCUCAACUCCUUGGGUAUGUAUCAUUACAUUUUUAGCUGCAAAUUUAUUCAUGGCAUUAUUCCCAUUCGUCAAACCACCAAUUGCUCUGGUAAUACCUUACUGGUGUUUCCCUGUUAUUGGUACGGGUGUUCUUGUCUUGGGUGGUGUAUAUUAUUUUAUAGAAAAACUUUUCUAA